UAUAUAUAUCCUGGAUAACCCACCAUGCAAGGCAAUAAAAACCCUGGCAUAUAACUAAUCCAACCCACGAGCAAGGGAAGAAAACCUACUCUUCUGAUCGGCUUCAGGCAUGGAAGGAACCAUUUGCAGCCCCACAGAGAAGAGGAUUGCAGUUGUUACGGGAGGGAACAAAGGGAUUGGGCUGGAGAUAUGUAGGCAGCUGGCUCUUAAUGGGGUCAGGGUCAUACUAACAGCCAGAGAUGAGAAGAGGGGUCAGGAGGCAGUGGAGAAGCUCCGAAAGUGUGGGCUCUUUGAUGUACUCUUUCAUCAGUUGGAUGUGACCGACUCUUCCAGCAUUGCUUCCUUUGCGGAUUUCGUCGGAACCGAAUUUGGCAAGCUUGACAUUCUAGUGAAUAAUGCGGCUAUUGUAGGACUGACAAUAGACGUUGAGGCUUUACAGGCCUCAAAACAAUCAAAUAAUGUGCAGGAAGCCAAAGAUGUUAAAGAUAUACCAGAUUGGAAGAAACCUUACAUGCGAGAAACUUUAGAAAGAGCAGAAGAAUGCUUCAAGACAAAUUAUUAUGGCACCAGAGAUGUUACAGAAGCAUUAAUUCCCCUUCUCCAGUCAUCAAUUUCUGGAAGAGUAGUAAAUGUUUCUUCUAGCCUUGGGCAACUCAGAGUUAUCUCAAAUGAAAAGCUUAAGCAAGAUCUAUCAAAUGUUGAUGGCCUAACAGAAGAGAGAUUGGUCGAGCUGUUGAAUUUGUUUAUCAAAGAUUUCAAGGAGGGUUUCCUGGAUGCCCAUGGUUGGCCAACCAUUGCUUCAGCAUAUAAACUAUCUAAAGUACUUAUCAAUGCCUACACCAGGAUUCUUGCAAAGAAGUAUCCCGCCCUAUGCAUAAACUGUGUGAAUCCUGGUUAUGUCAAAACUGAUUUAAACGGGAAUACCGGGAUCCUAAGUACCAAAGAAGGUGCUGAAGGUCCUGUCAUGUUAGCCUUGCAAACUGGUACCGGUCCUUCAGGCCUUUUCUUUGACCAAACCGAAGUGUCAACUUUUUGAAUGAGAUUAAUAAUACUUUGUGGAUGGGAAGAUGCGAAAGAAGCCUGUAUAACAUUGCAUAAGCUCUCCCCACCAAGCUCAAUAUGUUGAAAUGAAGAGAUCCAAUUGUUAGAUGUAUGUCCUAGAAGCCAAUCUGGCGGACACAUUAUUAAUUCUGGGACAUAAAUUUG